GAUCCGAUCAUGCUUUAGUAAGGAUAGUUGUGAAAGAGGAGCCUGGUUAUGUAGUAAAACGUCCGUCCGGUUUGAUGUUUUUUUGUCUUUUCUAACUAAUGCAAAUAUCCCCGAAUCUGUAAACUGCUAAAGUAAAUUCAAAGGAAGUCUAUAGCUUGUUUCAGCUGAAAGAAAUGAACUCGGUCCGACAGGAAGGUAAAGACAAAAUCAUAUUUGUCACCAAAGAGGAUCAUGAAACACCGAGCAGUGCAGAGCUCGUGGAAGAAGACCCGAAUGAUCCGUAUGAGGAGCAAGGUCUGAUUCUCCCAAGUGGAGAGAUAAACUGGAACUGUCCCUGCCUGGGUGGGAUGGCCAGUGGUCCCUGUGGGACUGAAUUUAAGGAAGCCUUCUCCUGCUUUCAUUAUAGUAAGGAGGAGGUGAAAGGCUCUGACUGCCUGGAGCAGUUCAGGACCAUGCAGGAGUGUUUGCAGCGCUACCCAGAGCUUUACCCAAAGGAGGAUGAUGCACCAUCCAGCCAGACGUCUGAGGAAUCGGCGUCUGCAGCGCCGUCGGACCCAGCGGCUGGCUCCGAGAAGGACUCUGAUUCCACACAUCCAAACACAGAGAGCUCAGCAGAGAGCUAAUAGUCAGGCUUACUGUGGAGCUUCAGAGCUCGUUUAACAUUCAGACGAUUUUUCCCAUCAAUGUUCAUUAGUUCAUCAGAAUUAAACUAUAUAUACACCCCUCUGGAAUUUAAAAGGGCUUUCUUUGUUGUUGGAAUAGUGCACAGUUUCAAAGUUGUUAAACUGUCUUUGUAUCAGACAAACUACUCAUUCAACUGUUGCAUUGGAUGUGAUGAAAUAAGCUCUUAAUGUUUUAAUGGAAAACCAGUGAUGGUUCUCAUCAGUUCAACAAUCAUUUCUUUAUAGUGAUUUAUCUACAUCACUGAGGGCAGUUUCCAUUCCGUUGUAGGUUUAUCAGAACAACCUGAUGUUUGGACUCCCAUUGGUUCUUUAAUGGGCCCCUUAGGUCUGAUGAGUUAAACAUCGACAGUGAUUAUCUUUAGUCAGGACCUUUAGUUGGGACCAAGCUUAUAUUCAUUUUGGUUUACUUUUCUGUCCACUCUAAUUUCCACAUCAUAGAACAUUUCAGCAACACCUGGAUUUGUUCCCUCCUUGUUAUCAUUAUUAGUACUGCGUUACAUACAAAGCUCAGAGCGUAUUUUAAUAUUUUCCCAAACUGUGGCUGAAAUCUCAGAGAAAUGAAGAGUCAAUGAGAAUACUUGGGUCACUUUUCCACUGUGAGCUCUUCAGUGUUGUUUUCACUGUUACCUCUCAGGCUGCACUUAUUUUUCUUUAAUUUAUAACCAGAGUUGAAAUAUUUACCUCAUCUGAACCAAACGCAACUUUGUGUGUGCAGCAAAAGAACAAUUGCAGUUUUGUAAUAAAAGCUAUUGGA